AUGCCUCACUCCCCUAGCGAUGUAACCUUUUUGACGCGGGCAGUCUUGAUAGUAUGGACCUAUUUUUGGUUUCUUCAACAUGCCUGGAGAGUCGACCGCUUCCAAGCAUUACGUUGGCAUCGUAUAAAGAAGUAUGAACUGAAAACCGCCAUAACCAUUCUUCUGUUAAUAAUGGCCCCACUGCAAGUUUUCUCCGAUAUAAUCGGAACACUCAUAAAAUACCAAGAGGGCUUCAUAACCUUUCCUAACGGACAAGUAAUAACAAAGCCGUACGUUCUCUGGACACCAGCUCACAAAAACCUGUCAGUACCUUCAGACUACGUGCUUUGUAUGAGUUUCAGUGUCCAAGUUGGACUUUUAUUCCUUUUACAAUCAUUUUGGAAUUACCUUGCGAACAAUGUAGCAAAAGCGUCUUUCAUGGGGAGCUUCGAAUUCAAAUCCUAUAUCAUAUUCUCUGUAUUCAGCGCGGCUGUCUUUCCAACACUAAAAUUCACCUUUCGUCAUAAUGAAUUGAAUUCCGAUAUCGCCCCUCAGCUAGCUUAUGGUGUAUUCAUGUUUAUAAUAGCUCUCUUAGGGGUCCGCUCGAAUAAGCGAUUUGCUACGCUUCUCCGUAAAACAGGACAAACAACUCGACCGAACGUAGUGGCAAAGUUGGAAUAUUUCAGAGACAUGAACUUGUAUUUGUCAAUGGGAUUGGUAAUUGGAUCAGUCUCAUUAGUGCUAUUGUGUGUUGAUGGAUUGACAACGACCCAGUGGCUAAACAAGAGAAAAUUCGCGGCGGAUCUGUUAAUGACUCAUGUCAGCAUUGCCAUGUGGAUAGUAUUCUUGACGUUAAUUUUAAUAUUUUAUCCGUCGGGAAGUUCAGCUAGCGAUUCAGCUACUAUAAAAAGCACCCUGUCCAACAGAUCAGCCGCAAACGAAAUACACACACAAGCAUCCGCAAAACCACAAACCCGUACACAUACAUACGACAAACUACCAAAUACUCCAGAAUCAUCCCAACAAUCGAGUUACGUUAUUGAAAUGUCGGAAGACAAUAGCGGUAUCUUUCCUCCACCUCCGCUUCUCUCACGUCCACCACGAUCUUAUUCAGUCGACGAUACGCCAUCCCAGUCACAAUCAACUUUGAUACCAACACCGCCACCGUUCUCUCCAACCCCAACUCUCUCACCAAAGUCUGCUACGUCACCACGAUUAUCACUAUAUUCACCGACACCUGUGAGACAAGGACCAUCUGUCAAAAUGUUGGAAGGGUUGAAAUAUCCGUCGCUACCAACAUCGAGAAAUAACAGUUCUGAUAAUGUUGGGAGGAUGAACCAGAUGAAUGUGGACGAGGCAGAGAGUGGAGAACCUCAUGCAUACGUUAUUAGAGAUGUCCACAAAAGGCAGCCACUAACGCAAGAACAACCGCAGCAGGAGGCCUAUCCUUUGUCGCCCACCCGUAAAUUAACCCCAUCUCUUGGAGCCGGAAUGCCCGUCAACCACAGACGAGCGGAGAGCGAUGCAGUAACGGGAGAUUUUCAUGACGGCAUGGGAAAGCGAGCGAGAAGGGCGAGUUUGAUGCGAAGUGGGAGUUCACCCAGUCUGUUUCUACUGAAUUCGUCGCCCGUGUUACAAUCACCGACUACUCCGUUAUCACCAACAAGCGACAUGAUGCCGACAUCGCCUACAAAUUUUACAAUGGAUUAUAAACACGGAGCAUCUAAAAGAUGGACAAAAUGGGAUUCUAACAGGCCGAGUGUGCCGAAAGCAUAUGCAGACACGCAAAGCUCGGUAUACGAGGCUUCCGCCAGAUCGCCAGGAUCUCCACGAUCUCCACGAUCGGCUACACCGUAUUCUCCUAGAACGGUCACGUCUCCCACAUCUCCUAAUCAACAACAUUCGUAUCAGCGAUCGAUUCCUUCAAACCAUUCGCCUCUAGUGCCUCGACGAACUUCCAAAGUGGAUGAUGUUGAAAUGGUGGCGUUUAGGUCGAGGAGAAUGUCAGCGACUAGUGGGAAGAAGCAAGUGAGGACAGAGAGCGGUGGAUACGAGGUGCAAAAGGGAUUAGAUUCACCGACGAUAAGAUUUUCUAGUUUUAAUGAUUCGCGUGAGAGUAUUACUCAUGCAUUGUAG